UCACACUAUUCUACAUUUCACCUUUCCUUCCAAACAAUCGGCUUCCUUUUCUGUAGCGUAUGUUUUAACCAAAUUUAGUUUCUACAAAGAAUGAUGAAUAUUUUAUAUCCCCACCCUUUACUUUAAUUAUGAAUUUUUUUUCUUUGAUUGAAAAAGAAAUAAACAUCAUCUUCUAACAGUGUGUCUCUUUAGUUGCUAAAAUGGAGAAUCCCGUUGCGUCUGCUGAAGAAAAAGUGAAUCGAUUCUUCGAAGAAGUUCUUCAUGAAGGAGAAUUAGCUGUUGCAUUCCAUGGAUACAUCAUUCACACUGCUGAAGAUCAAGCUAAAAUACUCACUAAGUACCAAGAGAGUAUGAGGGAACUCUUCAGCUCUCUAGCCGAGGAAGAAGUAUCUCCUGCACUCAGCCAUUAUGUGAAACUCAUCAGCUUAAUUAAAAAUAAUCAAAAGUGCAGACUACUCUUCUGCCUCUUGGAAUUUGGUGUUGUCAAUAAUUUUGUGAAUCCAAGGCUUGUCUGUGAAUUGAUUUUGAAAUGUGAUUACCUUGUUUACCUGAAUGAAGAUUUCUGGUGCUUAAGUUUUAUGCUGAUUGAUAAAAUAAUAUCUGGUAUUGAUUAUAAAGGUGUUCGUGACCUAUUGAAAACAAUGCUGGAUAAAGCUCACACAAUAAAGCCUGCCAACAAUGUUGCUGUUAUGAAUCAACUGCGUGCUGUUCAAAGUGUCCUUGAAACCAUUUUUGAUAGAAAUGCAUGUUUGCUACCCAGCUAUCUGAUAUUAGAUGAACUUCAGAAAAAAGUACUCCCUAAAGGAACAUAUCCUCACUGGAAAUUUUCUAAGCUCAUAUCCUCAUUCAUUGAUAGUUUUAGACCAGUUGCUCAAAUGGUUUCAGUUUCUGUUUUUAUGGAAAUCAAAGGUGAUGACACAGUGUAUGGAAAAUCUAAACUUCUUCCCAUCGUCGGACAUUCUGCCACUCUUGGAAACGUUUGGAAGUUGGAUCCCCAGACCGCUAAAGCUAACUUAAGGGGACAACUUCCUUACAAUAAAGAGUUGCAGGAGCCACAAACUUCCCUCUUUAGAUAUGUUUUGGAGCAACCUUAUUCGAGAGAAAUGGUUUGCUGUAUGUUGGGAGUCAGUAAGCAACAAAAGCAGCGAUGCCCUGUGUUGGAAGAACAAUUGGUGGAAUUGAUUGUGUCGGCCAUGGAGAAAUCUGAAAAUGAUGUGGAAGCAAUGGAAGAUGGUGGCCCAACUCAGUUAUUAUGGCAGCACCUGUCUAGCCAACUCAUUUAUUUUGUCUUGUUUCAGUACGCCAGCUUUCCUGACAUUAUUAUGAUACUACAUGGAAAAUUGGUGGGUCGAAAUUUCCGCAAAGGAAGAGACCACUUGAUGUGGGUCCUGCUACAGUUCAUCUCUGGCAGCAUACAAAAGAACCACCUGAAUGAUUUUCUCCCCGUCAUGAAACUCUACGAUCUCCUGUACCCGGAGAAGGAGCCUUUGCCCUUCCCCGACGUCUCAAAAGCGAGUUCCACUCACGCCUUGGCAGUCACCUCCAUCUGGAUUCAUUUGAUGAAGAAAGCUCAAUUGGAACAAGUCAGUCUGCAGAGAAGAUUACCUGUCGCUCUCACUUCACACUUAGAGUACCUCCAGUUGAGUUUGAACGACGAGGGACUGUUGCACAGCCUGAAUUCAGACUACAGGGUGGCACUGUUGUGCAAUGCGUAUAGUACUAAUCAAGAGUGUUUUACAAGACCUAUGGGAGUUCUGGUGGAAGCAGUGCAGGGAACUCAAAAGCAGCAAUUGAGUAGUGCAGGGGCAGCUGUACAGGGUCCUAUAAAACCAUUGUCUAUGAGUGUACUAGAUUCUCUCACUGUCCACACCAAAAUGAGUCUCAUUCACAAUAUUGUUACUCAUGUCAUGAAACUCGCCCAGUCCAAGUCAUCGCUCAGCCUUUCUCCGGCGCUGGUGGAAACGUAUAGUCGCCUUUUGGUCUACAGUGAAAUCGAAUCUCUGGGUAUUAAAGGUUUCAUUACACACCUGUUGCCGAUCGUGUUUCGCAGCCACGCUUGGGGUAUUCUGCACACAUUGCUAGAGAUGUUCAGCUACAGGUUGCAUCAUUUUCAACCUCACUACAGGGUCCAGCUUCUCAAUCAUCUUCACAGCCUGGCAGCCGUGCCUCAAACAAAUCAGACACAACUUCACUUGUGCGUGGAGAGUACUGCUUUGAAACUUAUUGCUGGUAUGGGUAGUGCUGAAGUUCAGCCUCAGCUCUCUCGUCUCCCCUCUGAACCAAAAUCUCUUCUCUCCAAUGAAUCUGAGGAGCUGAACAAAGUGUUGGUGCUCACAUUAGCCAGAGCAAUACACGUCACUGGUUCUGAGUCCUUGUCUGGUACAUGGUGUAAGGAAAUUCUUACAACAAUUAUGCAACACACUCCCCAUAGCUGGUCAAGUUUCACCCUCAAGUGCUUCCCCAAAGUUCUUGCUGAUUUUUUUGCCUUGCAUCAGACGACAAAAGAAAACAAAGCUCAGCUCAAACGUUCAGUGGAAGAGGAAUAUCGGAAAUGGAAAACAAUGAGCAAUGAAAAUGACAUCAUUUCACACUUUUCCCUCCAAGGCUCUUCGCCAUUGUUCUUGUGUUGCAGAAUUCUGGAUCGAAUAGGUGCUAGAGCCCUAUCUGCUCAUUUGAGAACUUUUGCCGAUUUCUUAGUCUUUGAGUUUGCAAAUUCUGUUGGUGGAAAUCUUGUGAAUAAGUACAUUGAUGCCUUGAAUGACCUAAUUUGGAAAUGCCAUGUUAUUCAGUUAGACAGGCUGAUUUUGUGCUUGGCCCUCCGAAGCUUUGAAGGGAAUGAAGCUCAAGUAUGCUUCUUCAUCAUUCACCUGCUGUUGCUUCGACCCACUGAUUUCAAAAACAGGGUUUACGAUUUUGUCAAAGAUAACUCUCCUGAACAUUGGAAGCAAUCAGAUUGGCACGAAAAGCACUUAUUGUUCCAUAGGAUAUACCAGGAAAAGUUUUAUUUUGAAGGAUUACACGACCCAAGAAGCGAGCACACCUAUUUACCUGUAUACUUUGGAAAUGUCUGCCUCAGAUUCCUUCCUGUCAUGGAUAUUGUCAUUCACAGGUUUUUAGAAUUACCAGCAGUUCCCAUGUCUGUAGAGGGUCUGCUAGACCAAUAUGGAUGUCUCUACAAAUUUCAUGAUCGUCCCCUGACCUACUUGUAUAAUACUUUGCAUUACUACGAAGGAAAGUUGACAGAUCGUCCGUCUUUGAAGAAGAAAUUGGUGUCUGCCAUCAUAGGUUCUCUGAAAGACAUUCGACCUGAAGGUUGGGCCCUGAGUGAAGGGUAUCUAAACUUCCUACAAGAUGAAUCGGAAGAGCUGGCUUGGAUUCCCGAUCAUGAUUACUAUGUGAAACUGAUUGGUCGCUUAGUAGAUACACUUGGUGGUAAGUCGCCUUUUCCUCAUACAGACUGGCGUUUCAAUGAGUUUCCCAACCAAGGGGCCCACGCCCUACAUGUGACAUGCAUCGAAUUGAUGGCUCUCCCCACGGCGACCACCAGUGUCGGAAAUGCAGUGCUGGAUAUCGUAUUGAGAGGGCGCACCGUCGCAAUUCAUUCUAAUAUCCUUGCCUGGAUGAAUGCUGUUGGACUUGUAUUGACUGCCUUGCCCGAAGCAUAUUGGUCAGUUUUAAAUGACCGCAUCUUAGAAGUGAUGAAGUCUCCACUUUUGUCUGAGCCAUCUCCCGACAUGGAUCCGUUCCUGAUGUUUGAUUUUGCCGGAAGUUACAACAGCAUGACAGAGUUGCCGUGCAGCUACCUCGUCGCUCUCACUCACUCUGUUUGGUAUCACGCCAGUAUAGGACAAAUUUGCACCCUAACUCAACUAUUGAGGGAAAAAUUUAAACCUGAAGUGAAAACAGAGGAGCAGUUUCUGUUUAUCUGCCAUUUAGUUUCACCCUUUUUGCAGCGUUUUUAUGUGGAGAGAACACGAUAUGCAAUGGAGAUUACUGUAGAACUUUAUGAAAUGUUGGAAGCUGUUGAUAAAAACUGUGAGGAGUUGCGCUACAUCGAUCCUGUGUGCGACUUACUAUAUCAUAUAAAAUAUAUGUUUAUAGGAGAUGCUAUAAAAAAUGAAAUUGAACGUAGUAUAAGGAAUCUAAGACCAGCUAUUCAGCGAAAAUUGCGGUUCAUUAGUCAUCUAAACAUAGAAGAAAUGCAGACAAGUUAAAAAAAAUUUUAAUAAUAUUUUAACGCCAAUUGAAGCUGUAUUAUAGAAUUCUUCUCAUUCAGCUGUUGUUUUAGUAUUGGACUGUCAUUCUUUUUCACAUUGUAUUUAUAUUGUUAUUAAUUCCUGUUUUUUGAAAUUAUUUAAAAAAUUUUUGCUAAGAGCUGUAUUGAAUAAAUACAGCUUUUUCUUUUAGUCUAUGUAAAUAUGUAAAUACGUCAUAUAUUUUUUAAGACAUGUGACAUGAAUGUAAAAUACAAUCUCAGAGAGACUUCUCAAUUUUGUUAAUUAUUGUGAUUAUUCAUUAUAAAAAUUAUGGUUUAUCUUA